AUUUUUAUUAUAAAGUGAGUGCUGUGUGGCAUUUCGCGUUUAGUCAUAGCAAAGAAAUUCGAAAGAGAGCAAGGGUUUAAUAUAUACUUGAAUUAGUUCGUGUUUAGUUUGAAUUGAACAGAUAGUGGUGAUUUUCUGAACAGUUAUUUGAUUAUUUGCUGUUGAAAUUAAAAGUAUAAAACAAAUUUCUCGGAAAAAGAAGGUACGAACAAAUCACAAUGGCAAAAGAUUUCUAUAAGAUACUGGGAGUGUCGAAAGGAGCUUCUGAUGACGAGAUCAAAAAAGCAUACCGUAAGUUGGCUCUAAAAUACCACCCAGAUAAAAAUAAGAGCCCUCAGGCGGAAGAAAGAUUCAAGGAAGUGGCCGAAGCUUACGAGGUUUUGUCGGAUAAGAAAAAGCGUGAUAUCUACGAUCAGUAUGGAGAGGAUGGCCUAAAGGGUGGAAUGGGAAAUGGAACCACACACGACGGCAACGGAUCUUUCUCAUAUCAGUUCCACGGAGAUCCCAGAGCGACAUUCGCACAGUUUUUCGGUACGAGUGAUCCGUUCGGAGUGUUCUUUGGCAACGAUGGAGGAUCUAAUGUAUUUUAUCACGAGAUCGGAGGAGACAUGGAUGAUCUGCUGGGAUUUGGAAACCGUGGUGGAAUGGGUGGUUUUCCCGGAGGAGCUUUUCGCUCGCAAUCAUUUAAUGUACAAGGUGGCUCGCCCAAUCGAAAACAUAAAAUGCAAGAUCCACCGAUAGAGCAUGACUUGUACGUGACACUGGAGGACGUUAAUGGAGGUUGCCAGAAAAAGAUGAAAAUAUCAAAAAUGGUUAUGCGACAAGAUGGAUCCGCCCGGAAAGAAGAGAAAAUUUUGAACAUCAAUGUGAAACCAGGUUGGAAAGCUGGAACAAAAAUUACUUUUCCGAAGGAAGGCGAUCAAGUUCCUGGAAAAGUCCCUGCCGAUAUAGUGUUCAUUAUUCGAGACAAACCACAUCCGCAUUUUAAACGUGAAGGUAGUGAUAUCAGAUACACUUCUAAGGUCACAUUACGCCAGGCACUGUGUGGGACAACAGUGAAAGUUCCAACAUUAUCCGGAGAAUACCUAACAAUAUCAACGAUGGGUGAGAUUAUUCGACCAAACACAGUAAAACGACUGCAAAAUCGGGGGUUGCCCUUCCCGAAAGAACCAUCGCGUCGAGGAGACAUGUUGGUGGCUUUCGAUAUUCAGUUCCCAACCCAGCUGAAUCAGAACGCAAAGGACAUUUUGUCGGAUCUGCUCCCGAUAGACGGAAAUUCCUAAACGUACGGGAAUGUUCUAGAGCAACGGAAAAUACGUCGCGUAUGAGGCGCGUGACGAGAACUCUCUCUCCCUCUCUCGUGAAGCUGUUAUUGAUGCAUCUGGUCUAGCUGCUGGGCUAUCCGAUUGCGCCAACACCGUGAAUGAGCGUAAAAAAGUGAGAGAGAAUUCCCCUUUGAAAAUAUGUACCGUUAGCGGGCAGUGAAGAUUGUGAGUAUGCUGGUGCUGUAAAUAGAUGAUGAGUGAGCUUGUGAAUUUUGCAGUUACAAGAGAACGAGAGAAGGAAGCAUAAUCAUAUUUUUUUUUUCGUUUUAUCGGGAAGUUUUGUUUAUACACCAGAAAAUUUAUAACCAGUAAAAAUUGUGAAUGAAAGGUUUAAGACUGAAUGAUAGUUAAUGAGAAACGCGUUUUAUGUAAUGAACUUAGAUUAGUUAUUUCGUUUCACAGCAUCAUAUUUCAAGGAAAGUAUUUCUUGAAGCUUGAUGCUGUUCAAACUGUUUGGUAGUGUUAUGAUAACUAUCGGUAGUAACAUGCAUAAAUAUGAGUGUUGUAAAUAGCUAAAUAAAUAGCGUAAAGCUCUUAAGCAGCAAAUGUUUUUCGUACGUUAUAGUACAAAUGUAAAGAUAUAUAAAAUAAAAUAAAA